AUAUUAACCAGGUGCUUGUGUACGUGUCCCUCCCUCCUCCUCUCCCUCUGUGUUAUUCUCUCUUUUUUUCCUCCAACGUUGUAGUUGCUUUCUACGUCACGGGGAAAACUUCACGAUUACAAUGCACAGCUAGAAACCAGAAACCAUCCUCUCUGGGAAGCACUCGUUCAGAUUAAGGUCUAGCCUGUCUGUAGCUCAUGGCUACCGUUGUAGGCUUCCUGUUAUAGGACACCGCUAGGUAGCCUCAAAACUCAAAACGCUUGCAGACAGAAGAUUUUUCGUCAUAAGGUCCAGACUGCAACUUUCCGAAGAUGGCAGGACACGAGUGGGAUGACUGGUUUGAACGUGAGGAAUUUAUCGGGCAGAUCAGCGACAUUCGAGUGCAGAAUCUUCAAGUCGAGAGGGAAGUAGUUCAGAAGAGGACUUUCACAAGAUGGAUGAAUUUGCAUUUGGAGAAGUGCAAUCCUCCAUUGGAAGUUCAUGACCUCUUCAGAGACAUUCAGGAUGGUAGGAUAUUGAUGGCUCUGCUAGAAGAACUCUCUGGGUCUAAAUUGCUUCAUGGAUUCAAGCCAUCAUCGCAUCGCAUUUUCAGGUUGAACAACAUAGCCAAAGUCCUGGCCUUCCUGGAGGAGAGGAAUGUGAAACUGGUGAGCAUUGAUGCUGCUGAUGUCGCUGAUGGCAACUCCUCCAUCGUUCUCGGCCUGAUCUGGAACAUCAUACUAUUUUUCCAGAUAAAAGAGCUGACAGGGAACAUCAGGAGCCAGUUUCCGUCUACCUCCAGCCUCUCGUCCCUUCCCAACAGCAGCGACUCUGACACGUCCCACUCCAGCACACCCUCAGUUGAGAGACACCCCUCUAUCGCCAUGAGGGAUCAUGGGAGGCCCAUCAAAACGCUCCUGCAGUGGGUGCAGAGACGCACAAGAAAAUAUGGUGUGGCCGUCCAGGACUUUGGGAAGAGCUGGACGAGUGGUCUGGCAUUCCUAGCGGUCAUAAAAUCAAUCGACUCCAGCCUAGUGGACAUGCGGAGAGCGCUACUGAGGUCCUCCAGGGAGAACCUGGAAGAUGCCUUCAGAACGGCACAUUACAGCCUUGGUAUACCUCGACUCCUGGAACCUGAGGAUGUCACAAUUAAUGCUCCAGAUGAACAGUCCAUUAUGACGUAUGUGUCCCAGUUCCUUGAGCACUUCCCAGGAUUUGAUGAGGAAGAGAUGUAUAUUGAAGCUCAGAAAAGCAAGUUAACGAGACAGUUCAGUGCCCCGGUGAAUGACUCACCGGUCAAUGGGGUUCAAAGGAAGCCUUAUGUGGUCAGAAAGGACUGGGUCCAGCCCCCGCCGAAGAUCUUCAUCUCCUCUGUGUCCGAGGACAAAGAGCAGCCGUCCUCCCCCUUGCUAGCUCCUGGACUGGAGGACUCAUCUGACUCUGUCUUCACCUCAGAAGGCGAGCCCCAGAAGCGACCCCAGGACCUGGGGAAGGAGGUGUCCUUCACUGUGUCCAGCUCCAGUUCCCCGCAGCUGUCCUUUGUGGACUCAAUCAACUCGCCAGAUUCGUUGCUGGUGGAGAGCCAGAGUGAUGGUUCGCUGAAUGAGAAUGAGCUUCCAUAUGAUCAGAAGGACUGGUCACCAGAGAAGCCUUCUGAUGGUGAACAAGAGUCACAGGCAGAAAAUGGAAACCCCACAGAGGAUCAGGUCUUUACUGAUCUGUUCAUUGAUGAGGGAAACUUCUCUGAAAGCUCAGAGGAGAACUUCCAGACAAAGUCCAAGAUUCCCUCAGAGGAGGAGGAUGCAUAUCAAUACAUCAUGGGUCUGAAUGAUGAAGAAACAGCUGAGCCGUUAUCACCAGGUAAUGGUGACAGCCCAGAACAGACGGCUAAUAGGCUUGGCUCAGUGUCGGAACAAAUGGAAGAAACAUCUGUUGCACAAAACAAAGAGGAUGUUCUACACAAGGUCGACGAGCAUACUACCUUGUCACAGAACAGUAUUAGGGAGCCAUCUCAAGAGCAUUCUGGACCAGAGGCAGAUGACUCUCUUAGCAAGGAUGGCGAUAGGCUUGAAGGUGCACUGGAAUGUGAGGACACACCCACUUCACAGAACCAUGUGGAUGAUAAGAAGUCAUCUCCAGAUUUCUCUCCAGAAAUGAACAAAAUGCUCAGAGAUGCAAUCUGUGAGGAGCAAGAAGACAGUACUGGGCUGAAGACAGAGGACCACUUCAAGCAGACCCCUCCUGAGAUCUGUGUAGAACCACCUGAGUUUGAGGAGCAGGACCACACUGAAAUUCCCUCAAACUCCAUGUACAGCGGUGAUGCAGAGUUAACUGAUACGACAAACCAGAACCCAAUAGAAGACAAGGAUCCAUCCGGACUGGAAAAAACCCAGACUCAAGAGACACCAACACUGGAUAGUGAUCAGCUGUCUGAAAUGAUUGUCAGCUCUCCUGACAUCAGCCCAAUUGUGGAAGCCGAUGUAAGCAUUUUGGAGUCAAAUGAACUCUGUGGAAUGACUAGUGGUGCCCCUUGUGAGGGAAGUCCCACAGAAGAGAACAGUGGUGCUACAGACAAGCUCGAUGAAACAAAUGAUGACAGGAAGAAUGAUAACACUUCCUGUGCACCGGGUGACAACGAGCGUAGUGACAGAGGCGGCAGGGAACCCGAUGUCAGACACGAGACUGAGGGUGUGGAACAUGACAUCAUCGCACCUGAAGUAAUUGAAACACUGGCAGUCCCCCCUCUCGAAACACCAGCUGAGGAAUUCUCUUCUCAUUCAACCACAGACCCCCAGCACAGUCCCAUAGAGUCGGAGGGGCCCACGGAGGAGUGCACUGAGGAUCAUGCAUACUUGUCAUGGAUGGCGGGGCCUGACAGUGGAGAUGACCUUAAUGAUGCUGCUGAAGACGCUGAUGAAAAGAGCAGUUACACAGGGCCCGAGAGCGAGCCAGUGGGUCUGCAUGGCACUGACAGUGUGCUAGAGCUCGAGGACAGCCUGGCAGAAAACACUGAAGACUCCAAUCAGGAAGAGGAGCAGGGCAAGCAGGAGGGGCCAGAUGCUAGUUCCCAGAUGCUUUGCUCGAAUGAGCGUCAGGGGAACAACGUCGGGGACUCUGGUGGCACAGAACUGGACAUGGCAAGCGAACUCUGUGAGCUCAUUAAGACUGAUGAGGACCCUGUUGUUGCCAGUAACAACACAGAGACACUGAGAGGGAAGGUAGAAAAUGAAGUCUCAACAAGUGAAAGUCAAUCAGAUGGAUUAAAGGUCAAAGGCAAGGAGAUCAAUGAAAGUGGGCGGAGUCACAAAAUCAACUCUGAUUUACGGAGAGAGUGGAAGUCCCCUGUGGCAUGUGGUGUGACGGCAGCUGAGUUGUAUUGGCUUCUCUUCCUAUGGAUUGCCCUCUACUGCUUUUUUGUCCUGCCACAGAUGGAUAUGAAGACACUGCCACACCUUCUCCUUAAUCUUGAUGAGUGAUCACCCUCUGACACCCAGCUGGCUAACUUUGUGCUAGCUUACCCCAGCCUAACAAAGGCAAGGACUGUCUUGGUGAGCAUUGCUCAUGUUGUCAGUACAGUGCAUUGGGCGUCAGCAGCAAAUGAAGGCUUGUUUAAUUCCUACAUAAUUUAUAAUGCUUUUAUAGUUCUUUAUGUCGGCUUCCUAUGUGGCUUGAAUUAUAAUGGUACAAAUGUAAAAAUACAAUGUAACUUAUGUGAUUCUGAUGGUAAUAUCCCACUGAUGUAUAGAAGAUAAACACAGGGCUCAAUACAAGUGGAUUGUACAGUGCACAACCAGGAUUUUUAUAUAUUUAGGUUGACGUUGAAGGUUAAAAGUACAUAUACAUAAUUUUUAUUGCUCACCAAAAAUAUGUAUAAUUUAAUGAGAAUAACGCAGAUUUGUCCCAUUUCUUGCCUUUCUUGCAACAUACUUUCCUGCCAUUAUUAUAAACAAGUAGGUUUGAUUUUUGUGAAAACCUUUUUAAAAUAAAUUUUUGCCAGAGGCACAGUAGGCAGAGUAGUGCCCUUUAUACCACAAAGUAAAGUCCUUUAUCACACAAUGAAGUGCUCUCAUCUGAAAUUAUUGUUAUUGUAGAUGGGAUUCUCAGAGGCUUUCAGCGUGUCAAUUGCACUUUUAAAAUACAGUACAUGAACUGCCAAAGAUACAGUAUUCAGGUAGCUGAUAGGCUGGACCUUCUUUGCUGAAAAUUGAAAAUUGACUUGGUCCAUAAAUUCUCACAUAUACUUUAAUAUUGGAUAAAGUGGGUCAGGGGUGACUAAGUUUGUGUACUAAUAUUUUGUUGUACAUUUUACAGAGAACUAAAACAGAAUUUUUAACCUUGAUGGAACAUAUGUAAAGCUGACAGUGUGUGGUAUGGAUGUUUGGAAUGUUUUAUUAAAUUCAGUAUGAUGUUUCUAUGUCUAUACAAUUUUAUAAAUCCCUCUGUGUGAUUCAGCAGUGCUUUGCAUAUUUAGGAGUAUGAAAUGAAAUGUACACUUAUCAUGAAAAUGAUAUUUUUUGACAUUCCUUUUUGAAAUCUGUCUUCAUUUAAAGGCUUUGUAAAAUAUGAUUUACUUAGGUUUCCAGUUAUCUGAAUGUCAUAGUUUACAGCUUGCAUAAUGUAAAGCUCUUUGGUGAAUAUUUCUACAAGUACAAUAUUCCAGUUCUCUCUGUUUGUGUAUGUGUGUUGCAUACACAUGAUAAUGUGUGUGUGUGUGUGUGUGUGUACAAUGCAGUCUGUAACACAAUUGUUGUUUUGGGUACAUGCACAAACACAUACACACACACAGUGAGUGCCAUAACAUCUGGGACAAAGCCAUUU